AUGGCCGCGAGGACAACAGCCAGCGAAGCUGGCGGAGCGACGAAAGUAACGAAGCUAGCAGCCCCGAAGAAGGAAACAACCUCAAGAUCACCCAGGACAGACUUCUCAGAUCUACCAGGCGACCGCAACCAAUGGAAGGUCGAAGAUUUGAAGGACCAAUGCCGUUCGCGGAAGCUGGGAGCCGGUGGCAAAGAAAUCAAAGCAACAGGCCCGAGAGACGCCGAUGCGGGCGAUGAUCAGGUUGUUCCCAAAAAGCGGGCUAAGUCGUCUGGCGAGCAACAGCAGUUUGCCUCACAAACAACCAGGAAGAAGAAGGCACCCAUCAACGGUUACCGUGCCAUGGCAAACGAGACUGAGAAGGCGGAGCCUGCCGACACUGUAAAAGCGACGAAGGACCAGAUUGACCGAGCAAAGAGGCACUAUGCCGAGCUCCUUGCGAUCAUCCAGCAGAUCCAAGCAGACAAUGGCGAGGAUUAUCGGGUGUUCGCCACGGUCAUCGCGCAUUUUGGCCGGGCGAAGAAAGGACUAUCGGCAGUUAAGAAAGCAGAGUCAAUCGAGGAGCCCGUCCCAAGGGCAGAUCCAGAAAUCGGUCCCCAACCAGCGCCAGCAGAUGGAGCGGACGAUAAUUCAACUGAUGGCGAUGGCAUGGGGUUGAUCCAGAUGACCCAGACCUUUGGAAGCCUGAAACGCCUUCACCCCCAAAGAAGAGGGCCCGAGAAGAUGCUGAUGAGGUUCGGGUUGCUGAGGGAGACGGUCUGA